GACCGCUAUGUGAACGCCCAAGGCGAAGAACGGAUUGGCGUUGAGUUUGACCGCAGAUCGGUACUACAUGUUUUUCCACAUCAGGUGGUCCUUUCUGAUGCGAAAUUCACAACUGGAGAGAGCAUUAUUGGCGACGCAUCGACGUACCAACUCAGAUGCGGCAUCAUUUCCUUCGAGAGUCUCUUGGGCUUGCGCUUUGAUAGCGAACAGGACGAGUUCCUCGUUACAUCCAGUGGCCCGGUGCCGGCGACGCCUGGAGCCAUCCUUGUGCCCUGGUGUGAGGCCUUCAAGUUACACGGGGACGAGAAGAAAUCGCUGCUGGCCAAAAAUGUCGAGCAAAGAUGCCGAGUCGUUGCCAAACUUCAGCUUGAGUUUCGCAACAAGUUUGCCUCCCUGGAGACGCCUGAGCCCAAGCAGAAGCGGAGACGCUUGAGCCCAAGCAGAAGCGGGCAAGAGGCAAUCAAGGGAUUAUCGGAUAAUUAG